AAUAGAAACCGCUCCUCCUGAGCCAUGGUGGUGCUUCCUUAUACUGUUGCUUUCCUACUCCUUUCCUGCUUACAGACUGAAAAAAUCGCAAACUCGCAAUCAUUCAUCGGUAUAAACUAUGGCCAAGUUGCGGACAAUCUUCCACCACCACCAUCCACAGCAAAGCUUCUUCAAUCCACUUCAAUCCAAAAGGUCCAAUUAUAUGGAUCGGACCCCGCCAUAAUCAAAGCCUUAGCCAACACCGGAAUUGGAAUUGUUAUCGGCACUGCAAAUGGUGACAUUCCAGGACUAGCCUCUGAUCCCAAUUUUGCUAAGAGCUGGAUCAACACAAACGUGCUUCCCUUCUAUCCAGAUAGCAAUAUCAUCCUCAUCACUGUCGGCAACGAGGUCAUGACUUCCAAUGACCAGAAUCUCGUGAACAAGCUCUUACCAGCAAUGCAAAAUGUACAGAAUGCUCUAAAUGAUGCAUCGCUCGGGGGUAAAAUUAAGGUCUGCACAGUUCAUCCGAUGGGAGUGCUUAAGCAGUCUGAGCCACCUUCUUCUGGAAGCUUUGAUCCAAGUUAUGGGGAUCUGAUGAAGGGCUUGUUGGAGUUUAAUAGUGCGAAUGGUUCGCCUUUCGUAAUCAAUCCCUACCCUUACUUUGCCUACAGAAGCGAUACAAGGCCUGAGACUCUUGCUUUUUGCCUUUUCCAGCCGAAUGCAGGACGAAUGGAUGGAAACACUAAGAUCAAGUACAUGAAUAUGUUCGAUGCCCAGACCGAGUCACUAAAAGCAACACCACAACCACCACCAGCAACCGCAGCCACCACCACCAGCACCGGCACUAACAACAAUGACAGCAGCACGAGCACAAGCACGAGCACGGGCACGGGCACGAGCACAAGCACGAGCUCGAGCACGAACACCAUCAGCAUUUAAUUAGGAUUUUCAAUUUAUGUUUGUUGUAUGGGUUUAUGGGACUUUCUUUGAUUUUCCUUUUCUUUUAUGACUAGCAUACUUAGAAUAAGAAGCUGUAAAGAGACGAUGAAGAUGGGCUAAGGUUUUUCCCUUUAUUUUAUAAGUUUCUUUGUCGAAUCUAUUGUUUAGGUGUAAAUUGAGCAAAUAAUUGGAAACUGAGUUCGGGGGGUA